ACCCUUUUCACUCUCUAAUUAGCUUCAUUCAAGAAACUGUGUGCAGUUUAUGAAAAAUGGAGAGAAGUGGAGAAAGCAAAACCAUGAAGAAGGGUAAGAAAAGGGCAAUGGAGGUCAGAGACGAAGUUACAUCUGAGUCAUCAACAAAAAUGGAGAAGAAGACCAGUGACAGUGAAACUGGCACUGUUGAACAAGGUCAUCAUCAGAAGAAAAGGCAAGUUGGUACGCCUUCCUUUCUUAGCUAUUAUCAGGGUGGCACCUACAAAAGAUCGCCAGAAACAAUGAAAACCUUGGCGAACAUUGAGCGUCGCCGACAAAGAAAACCACCAAAUCCAGGUAGUAUACGCACCCUUCAUGACAACACUUCUCAUGGCUAUGGCUGGCUGCUUCCUGGUUGGCUUGGUGAGGAAAGGGUCAUGGAUCAUGGCAGGAUUUAUAGGUACUACUAUGAUCCUUCAGGGCGUCUGUACCGAAGCCAGGAUGAAGUUCUUAUUGCUUGGGAACAGACAGGUUUAAUUGUUCUCGACAAGUGAUCCAUAAGGAAGGCCAAAUGUGCAAGUAUGUGCUCAAUCAUUUGAUGGAGAAGUUGCAUCCAAGAAGAAACUAUUGCACAUUUGGAGUUUCAAUAUAUGUUUAGUAUCUCCUUUGAGAGUAAGUUUCUAUUAAUAAUCGAGACAAAGAUGCAACAGACAUCUUUAUGAAGUGUUUCUUUUAAUGGAUUGUCUUGCAGAACUUACUUUGUUGUUAGUACUAAAAUCUGUGUUUCAAGUGUUUGAUGCUUUA